CGCGGGGAGCGGCCCCGGCACCCCCAAACCCCCAAACCCCGGGACCCCAGCCCAGCCUGGCUGGAAGCUCCACUCCUUCAUUGGCAUCUGGGAGCGAAGUGACUGAAGUCCCUGGCUUGGGGACAGUCAGCGGGGCCCUGGUGUCCCCAAAUUCAUGCCCGGGGUGGCCGGCGAUGACCGACGCGGUGCUGGGCGGCUCCUCCGAGCGGUGGAUGUGCCCCAGUGACAGAACCAUGUCCCUCCGAGCCAGCAGUGAGAAGGAGCAGCUCCCCGCGGGCUGGGCAGCCCAGCCCGAGCGGCAGCGCAAGGGCGAGGAGCUGACGGACGAGGAGAAGGAAAUCAUCAACCGGGUGAUCGCCCGCGCCGAGAAGAUGGAGGAGAUGGAGCAGGAGCGCAUCGGGCGCCUGAUGUCCCGCCUGGAGGACAUGCGCCGCAGCGUGCUGGGGGACGGCGUGAGCCGCUGCAUCCUCUGCGGGGAGCAGCUGGGCACCAGGGGACAGGCCUGCGUCGUCUGUGAGGACUGCAAGAAGAAUGUGUGCACCAAGUGUGGGGUGCAGACCACCAACAACCGGCCCCAGGCCAUCUGGCUGUGCAAGAUCUGCAGCGAGCAGCGGGAGGUGUGGAAACGCUCCGGUGCCUGGUUCUUCAAGGGUUUGCCCAAGCAGAUGCUGCCACAGCCGAUGCCCGUCAGCAAGAAGGGACCCCAAACCCCGAGCGAGCCCCGCCCGGCCGAGCCGCCCGCCCCCGACCCCAAAAUCCCCUCCCGGGCACCCACCCGAGGCCAGGCGGAUGCCGAGGACACCGAGGGCACCGAGGCCACAGCGGCCGCCCGGGGGAGCCGCAAAGCGGCCGAGGCGCGGCCGGGUCCGUGCGGCAGCGAGGACAGCGCUGGGGACAGCGACAGCCGGGACAGGGCUGGCGAGAGCGGGGUCAGCAGGAGCCCCGGUGUUAAGAGAACCAACUCUGUGCAAGGCCAGCGGCCACCGCCGGCGGCCACCGCCGGUCCCGCCGGACCUGCGCCGGCAGCAGCGCCCGCAGCGCCGGCGGCCGCAGCAGCCAGGCCGGGGGCCGGGGGUCCCGCCCGCUUCCCGGACAGACAAGCCAGCCCCCCGCUGGGACCCCCGGAGCGGGGAGGGGGCUUUGCCAGGGAGGACAGGCCGGCCUGGCAGCCCCCGGCCGCCGCGCAGCCCCCGCCCGCAUCCGCGGCCCCGCAGCGGCAGCAGCAGCCACCCGAGGAGGAGGAGGAGGAUGCCAACAGCUACGACUCGGAUGAAGGCACCACGCUGGGAGCUCUGGAGUUCAGCCUGCUCUACGACCAGGACAACAGCUCCCUGCACUGCACCCUCAUCAAGGCCAAGGGCUUAAAACCAAUGGAUUCCAAUGGCCUGGCUGAUCCCUAUGUGAAGCUGCACCUCCUGCCUGGAGCCAGCAAGUCGAACAAGCUGAGGACGAAGACGCUGCGCAACACGCGGAACCCCGUGUGGAACGAGACCCUGGUGUACCACGGCAUCACUGACGAGGACAUGCAGAGGAAAACCCUCAGGAUCUCCGUGUGUGACGAGGACAAAUUCGGCCACAACGAAUUUAUCGGAGAAACCAGAGUUGCCUUGAAAAAACUCAAAGCCAACCAGAAAAAGAACUUCAACAUCUGCCUGGAGAGAGUAAUCCCAACGAAGCGCACCGGAACAACCGGCGCGUCCCGUGGGAUGGCUCUGUACGAAGAGGAGGUGGAUCGCGGCGGGGACGUGGAGGAGCGCGGCAAGAUCCUGGUGUCGCUGAUGUACAGCACGCAGCAGGGCGGGCUCGUGGUGGGCAUCGUGCGCUGCGUGCACCUGGCGGCCAUGGACGCCAACGGAUACUCGGAUCCCUUCGUCAAGCUUUGGCUGAAACCUGACAUGGGCAAAAAGGCCAAGCACAAGACACAGAUUAAGAAGAAAACUUUGAAUCCUGAGUUUAACGAGGAGUUCUUCUAUGACAUCAAACACAGCGACCUGGCCAAGAAAUCCCUGGACAUUUCCGUCUGGGAUUACGACAUCGGAAAAUCCAACGACUACAUUGGCGGUUGCCAGCUGGGAAUCACGGCCAAGGGCGAGCGCUUGAAACACUGGUACGAGUGUUUGAAGAACAAGGACAAGAAGAUCGAGCGCUGGCACACCCUGCAGAACGAGAACCACGUGGCCAGCGAUUAAAGGGAGCCUCUGCCCAGCCCUCCCCACCCUCUGCCACGCCCCUGUAGGUCCCUGAUGUCCCUGGUGUCCCUGAUGUCCCUGGUGUCCCGUCUUCCAGCGCAGCCACGCCUCGCUACAGCCUCUGAUCCCAGGGUCCUCCAUCCUCCCCUCCACUGAAAACUCCCCCAAGAGCUUUUCUAUUCUCCCCUAUUUCUUUUCAGCUGGGGGAGGGAGGCUGUCGAGUUCUCCUGGUGUGUAAUUUUGGCAAGCAAUAGUUUCCUCCUGACUGUUCCCUGGUCCUCCCUCCCUCUCUCUCUCCCUGGUCCCCGUGGCAGCGUUCCCGUCGCGUUCCCGACGCUCUGUGUCCCUCCAGCCUCCCCUCCAGCAGGAGAUGGGAGUGCUGGGCUGGGGAGCAUCAGCCUGUCCUGCUUGUGUGAUCUCAAUACCUCAGUUGCAAUAACGAAAAAGCUCCUUGGCUUUGGUGUGGGUGUCCGUGUCGUCGUGGUUAGGCCAAAUCCGGUGUCACCCUGCCAGUCCUGCUUGAGCUUCACCUCCGGUCUGGCCCACCUGAGCAAUGUCGUGGCACAUCCUUCUGCUGAGAAGAUCCACCACCACCACAGUGGCAGCAUCCAGGAGGGUCUGGGGAGCUCUGUGCUCGCAGGGAAGCAGGUCUGGGUUGGUUCCUUCGCCCGAGGAAUUCGGGGGCUCCGCCGCUGUGGGAGCCCAGCAGUGCUGGAGGGUUGUGACUACCUCCUCUUCACCUCUGAGCUGUGUGGUAGUGACUGAAGGCAGUCCCUGGGUCCCCUCAGACCCCUCCUGCCCCCAGGGAUUUGCUGUUCCUCAGGAGGGAAGCUGAGGGAGCUGCGACUUCCCCCCAGCCCAUGAUGUGUGCAAGGAUUUGCUUUAAACCACCCCAGCUCCUGCAAUUAGCUGGAACAGUCAGAGAUCUUCAAAACUGGUUUGGAUUUCUUUAAUUUUUUCCCCAGUUUUCUGCACAAAUUUGUCCUCAGCCUGUGCUUUAAGGAUGGCCUGAAGAGCAAAAGACUCUGCAGCUGCUGCUGCUGGGCAGUGGAACCAUUCCCUGGUUCUAUAACAAUUCCCUGGCUCUAGAACCAUUCCCUUGUUCUAUAACAAUUCCCUGGCUCUGGAACCAUUCCCUGGCUCUAGAGCCAUUCCUUGGUUCUAUAAAAAUUCCCUGGUUCUAGAACCAUUCCCAGAUCCUGGAAAGAUUCCCUGGCUCUGGAAACAUUCCCUGGCUCUGGAAACAUUCCCUAUCUCUAGAACCAUUCCCUGGUUCUGGAACCAUUCCCUGUCUCUGGAAAACCCCAAGCAUAGCCCUGUGGAUAGGAGCACACUAAGCUCUGUGGAAUAUUUGGGAUUUUCUGUCACACUGCUCACGUUGUGUGAAACCUCCCCCUGCACCCUCUGCUGCAGCUGCUCGCCCUUGGGGCUGGAUGAGUUUUGUUCUCCUGAUAUUUUCUUUAUUUCUCCCUCCAGCCCCAGCAGAACUUGGUGUGCCCUGGGUGACACAGGCUCUCCCCUCCUUGGAUCUCCAGGUCCAAAAAUAAAAAGGGAAAAGCCAAACAAACCCACCCCAGAGGGUCCAGCCAGAGCUGGGAAUCCUCUUCCAUCACCCCAGGCUCCAUCCUGGCUUGGUGAACACAGAGGAAUGGAAGAAGACACCUAGAAAUUUUCCCCAUUUUUCAUGGAAUUCUUGCCUCUGUGCCAGUCAGUGUGACAUCCCUGAGCCACUCUGAAACAAUCCUGCUCUUUUAGAGUUUCCCUCUGCAUCCUGUGCUGAAACCUCCCUGCUCCAGGCCCAGGUGAGCUGUGGGAUGCUGGGAUCCAGGAUCCAUGGUUGGACUCUUCCUUUUUCAACCUUACUGACUCUAAGCUGCCACCAUCCUUUCCAGAGGGAUGGACCUGCCCAGACAUUCCUGUUCACAGAGAGAAAUGUGUGGCUGAGGGUAAAAAAACCUCUAAAAAUUAUUAUUGAAGCAAUUCCUUAAUUUCUCCCAGUCCUGCAGCAGCCCAGCCUCCUUUGUAUGUGCAGAACAACUCACUUAAGGUAAUCCUCACCCUGUCCUGUAUUCCCAUUUCCUGGUCAGCCUGCUUUCUUUGGGAAAAGGACACUCAGAUCAUCUCUUUGCACCUCCAAAAAAUCAAGUGCAACUUGCCAAUCUCCUCAGUAUUGUGCAAAACCACAGUCUCUGCCCCCCUUCUUCUGUUUUUUUGAUGGUAAUUCCUGCCCUGAAUGACUUCUUUUUGUUGUAAAUAAAGCAUGCACCUAUGGAUUGGGAAUGGUGAAAAACAAAAAAAAAGCAAAAAAAAAAAAGGAAAUUCAAAGCCUCUUCUACUGCUGUUUGCAUUCAGACUCGCAUGCAGUGAUUUUACAGCCAAAUAAUCAGUUUACAACUGUUAAGAGAAAAAGAAAACCUGUCACAGGAAUUAGAAAUCCUCCAGUCUUCCGCUGCAUGCAGCACAACAUCCUCUCUUGAUGUGGUAUCUAAUAAAGUGAGACUAUUGGAAAAGAACAAAAUAAAA